GGACUGGGAAGACUGGCUCUCCGGAGCAGGAAGCCAGGCCGCAGGCAAAGGAGGCUGCGGGGCCCCUCGCUGGAGAGGCAAACAGGAAGGACUGCCCCCUGAGCCCUGGGUCCCCGGCCCGGGAAUCGCCGCCACCGCAGAGCCGCAGCUCCCGGCCGAGGGUAAGGAGACGAGCCGGGAGCGGGCGGCCAGGGGAGAGUUCCGCGGGCCCCGUCACCCGGUCCCAGGCGAGCCCCGCCUCCCGGGCUCCCGCGGCCGCGAUGAAGGCGGGCUCGGGGGAUCAGGGGAGCCCCCCGUGCUUCCUGCGCUUCCCGCGGCCCGUGCGGGUGCUAAGCGGCGCGGAGGCCGAGCUCAAGUGCGUGGUGCUGGGGGAGCCGCCGCCCACUGUCGUGUGGGAGAAGGGCGGGCAGCCCCUGGCGGCCUCGGAGCGCCUGAGCUUCCCGGCGGACGGCGCCGAGCACGGCCUGCUGCUGAGCGGCGCGCUGCCCACCGACGCGGGGGUUUACGUGUGCCGCGCCCGCAACGCGGCUGGAGAGGCCUAUGCAGCGGCUGCCGUCACCGUGCUGGAGCCGCCGGCUCCCGAGCCCGAGCCCCAGCCCGCCGAGCGCCCGCUGCCGCCGCCCGGGGCCGGAGAGGGCGCCCCGGUGUUCCUGACGGGGCCCCGGUCCCAGUGGGUGCUGCGGGGGGCGGAGGUGGUGCUGGAAUGCCAGGUGGGGGGCCUCCCCGAGCCCACGCUGUACUGGGAGAAAGACGGGAUGGCGUUGGACGAAGUGUGGGACAGCAGCCACUUCGCGCUCGAGCCGGGCCGCACCGAGGGCCGCCCAGGAGCGAGCCUGGCGCUGCGCAUCCUGGCGGUGCGGCUGCCGGACUCGGGCGUCUACGUGUGCCACGCCCGCAACGCGCACGGCCACGCGCGGGCCGGCGCGCUGCUGCAGGUGCACCAGCCCCCCGAGAGCCCGCCCGAGGACCCCGACGAGGUCCCCAAGCCCGUGGUGGAGCCACUCAAGUGUGCGCCCAAGACCUUCUGGGUAAACGAGGGCAAGCACGCCAAGUUCCGCUGCUACGUGAUGGGCAAGCCUGAGCCCGAGAUCGAAUGGCACUGGGAGGGCCGCCCGCUGCUCCCCGACCGCCGUCGCCUCAUGUACCGCGACCGCGGUGGCGGCUUCGUGCUCAAGGUGCUCUACUGCCAGGCCAAGGACCGCGGCCUCUACGUGUGCGCCGCUCGCAACUCGGCGGGCCAGACGCUCAGUGCUGUGCAGCUGCACGUCAAAGAGCCCCGCUUCCGCUUCACCAGGCCCCUGCAGGACGUGGAGGGCCGGGAGCAUGGGAUUGCAGUGCUGGAGUGUAAAGUCCCCAACUCCCGCAUUCCCACGGCCUGGUUCCGCGAGGACCAGCGGCUGCUGCCCUGCCGCAAGUACGAGCAGAUCGAGGAGGGCGCCGUCCGGCGCCUCAUCAUCCACAGGCUGAAAGCGGAUGACGAGGGCGUCUACCUGUGCGAGAUGCGUGGCCGGGUGCGCACCGUGGCCAACGUGACGGUCAAAGGGCCCAUCCUGAAGCGCCUGCCCCGGAAGCUCGACGUCUUCGAAGGAGAGAACGCGGUGCUGCUGGUGGAGACGGGCGAGGCUGGGGUGGAAGGGUGCUGGACCCGAGAUGGGGAGGACCUGCCUGCCAUCUGCCAGAGCAGCUCCGGCCACAUGCAUGCCCUGGUCCUGCCAGGGGUCACCCGAGAGGAUGCUGGCGAGGUCACCUUCAGCCUGGGCAACUCCCACACCACCACUCUGCUCAGAGUCAAAUGCGUCAAGCACAACCCUCCUGGCCCCCCGCUGUUGGUGGAGAUGUUUAAGGGCCACAAGAACACGGUCCUACUGACCUGGAAGCCUCCCGAACCAGCUCCUGAGACCCCCUUCAUCUACCGGCUGGAGCGGCAGGAAGUGGGCUCAGAAGACUGGAUCCAGUGCUUCAGCAUUGUGAAAGCUGGCGCUGUGGAGGUGCCCGGAGACUGUGUGCCCUCCGAGGGCGACUACCGCUUCCGCAUCUGCACCGUCAGCGAACACGGCCGCAGUCCCCACGUUGUGUUCCACGGGUCUGCUCACCUCGUGCCCACAGCUCGCCUGGUGGCUGGUCUAGAGGACGUGCAGGUAUAUGACGGGGAAGAUGCCGUCUUCUCCCUUCAUCUCUCCACCAUCAUCCAGGGCACCUGGUUCCUUAAUGGGGAAGAGCUCAAGAGUCAUGUGCCAGAGGGCGAGGUGGAGCCUGGGGCCCUGCGGUACCGUGUGGAGAAGAAGGGCCUGCAGCACAGACUCAUCCUGCAAGCUGUCAAGCACCAGGACAGCGGGGCCCUGGUCGGCUUCAGCUGCCCAGGCGUGCAGGACUCAGCCGCCCUCACCAUCCAAGAGAGCCCGGUGCACAUCCUGAGCCCCCAGGACAAGGUGUCGUUGACCUUCACGACCUCGGAGAGGGUGGUGCUGACCUGUGAGCUCUCCCGGGUGGACUUCCCAGCGAGCUGGUACAAGGACGGGCAGCGGGUGGAGGAGAGUGAGUCGCUGGUGGUGAAGCUGGAUGGACGCAAACACCGCCUGAUUCUGCCCGAGGCCCAAAUCCAGGACAGCGGCGAGUUUGAGUGCAGAACGGAAGGGGUCUCAGCUUUCUUCAGCGUCACGGUCCGAGACCCCCCAGUGCACAUCCUGGACCCCCGGGAGCACGUGUUUGUGCAUGCCAUAACAUCGGAGUGCGUCAUGCUGACCUGUGAGGUGGACCGGGAGGGCGCCCCGGUCCACUGGUACAAGGACGGGCAGGAAGUGGAGGAGAGUGACUUCGUGGUGCUGGAGAACGAGGGGGCCCAUCACCGCCUCGUGCUGCCUGCUGCCCAGCCUCCGGACGGGGGCGAGUUCCAGUGCGUUGCUGGGGACGAACGCGCCUACUUCACUGUCACCAUCACAGACGUCUCCUCGUGGAUCGUGUACCCCAGCGGCAAGGUGUACGUGGCAGCCGUGCGCCUGGAGCGCGUGGUGCUGACCUGCGAGCUGUGCCGGCCCUGGGCUGAGGUGCGCUGGACCAAGGAUGGUGAAGAGGUGGUGGAGAGUCCGGCGCUGCUCCUACAGAAGGAGGACACCGUCCGCCGCCUGGUGCUGCCCGCCGUCCAGCUGGAGGACUCCGGCGAGUACUUGUGUGAAAUCGAUGAUGAGUCGGCCUCUUUCACCGUCACUGUCACAGAACCCCCAGUCCGCAUCAUAUACCCCCGGGACGAGGUGACCUUGGUCGCCGUGAGCCUGGAGUGUGUGGUGCUGAUGUGUGAGCUGUCUCGGGAGGACGCCCCCGUGCGCUGGUACAAGGAUGGGCUGGAGGUAGAGGAGAGCGAGGCCCUGGUGCUGGAGAGUGACGGGCCCCGCCGCCGCCUGGUGCUGCCCGCUGCCCAGCCGGAGGACGGGGGCGAGUUCGUGUGUGACGCCGGAGAUGACUCAGCCUUCUUCACUGUCACCGUCACAGCCCCCCCAGAGAGGAUUGUGCAUCCAGCAGCUCGCGCCCUGGACCUGCAGUUCGGGGCUCCAGGGCGUGUGGAGCUUCGCUGCGAGGUGGCCCCAGCUGGAUCCCAGGUGCGCUGGUACAAGGAUGGGCUGGAGGUGGAAGCAUCAGACGUCCUGCAGCUGGGUGCUGAGGGGCCCAUUCGCACCCUGACCCUGCCCCAUGCCGAGCCUGAGGACGCCGGGGAGUAUGUGUGUGAGACUCAUGAUGAAGCUGUCACCUUCAAUGUCAGCCUGGCUGGUGGGCGCUCCUGGCCAGCCCAGGGGAGGGGGGAGGCGGGGCGUUACCGAGUCAACACCACCGCCUCUCUCUGUCCAGAGCCCCCUGUCCAGUUCCUUGCCCCAGAGGCAGCCCCCAGCCCGCUCUGUGUGGCCCCCGGGGAUCCGGUGGUGCUGAGCUGUGAACUGUCCAGGGCUGGCGCCCUUGUCUUUUGGAGCCACAACGGGAGGCCAGUUCAGGAGGGCGAGGGCCUGGAGCUCCAUGCUGAGGGCCCCCGCCGCAUCCUCUGCAUCCGGGCUGCAGACCCGGCCCAUGCGGGCCUCUACACCUGCCAGUCCGGGGCAGCCCCGGGGGCUCCCAGCCUCAGCUUCACUGUCCAAGUGGCUGAGCCCCCUGUGCGGGUGGUGGCCCCCGAGGCGGCCCAGACCAGGGUUCGCAGCACCCCAGGCGGGGACCUAGAGCUGGCAGUGCACCUCUCCGGGCCGGGGGGCCCUGUGCGCUGGUACAAGGACGGGGAGCGCCUGGCGAGCCAGGGGCGGGUGCAGCUGGAACAGGACGGGGCCAGGCAGGUGCUGCGGGUGCGGGGGGCACGGAGCAGGGACGCUGGGGAGUACCUGUGCGACACGCCCCAGGACAGCCGCAUCUUCCUCGUCAGUGUGGAAGAACCACCGCCAGUGAAGCUGGUCUCAGAGCUGACACCCCUAACUGUCCACGAGGGUGAUGAUGCCACAUUCCGGUGUGAAGUCUCCCCACCAGAUGCCGAUGUCACCUGGCUGCGCAAUGGGGCUGUUGUCACCCCAGGGCCCCAGCUAGAGAUGGCCCAGAAUGGGUCAAGCCGCACCUUGACCCUGCGAGGCUGCCAGCUUGAGGACGCAGGGACCGUGACUGCCCGAGCAGGGGGCACAGCCACAAGUGCCCGGCUCCAUGUUCGAGAAACGGAGCUGCUGUUCCUGCGGCGCCUGCAGGAUGUGCGGGCGGAGGAAGGCCAGGACGUGUGCCUCCAAGUGGAGACUGGCCGAGUGGGUGCAGCAGGGGCCGUGCGCUGGGUGCGAGGGGGGGUGCCCCUCCCCCCCGACUCCCGCCUGGCCACAACGCAGGAUGGCCAUGUCCACCGCCUCCUCAUCCACGGCGUUGUACCAGCUGACCAGGGCACCUAUGGCUGCGAGAGCCACCACGAUCGCACCCUGGCCAGGCUCAGCGUCAGGCCAAGGCAGCUAAGGGUGCUGCGGCCUCUGGAGGAUGUGACCAUCACGGAGGGGGGCAGCGCCACCUUCCAGCUGGAGCUAUCCCAGGAGGGCGUGACCGGGGAGUGGGCCCGGGGCGGCGUCCGGCUGCAGCAGGGGCCCACGUGCCAAAUUCACACAGAGGGCCACACUCACCACCUGGUACUCAGUGGCCUGGGCCUGGCCGACUCCGGCUGCAUCUCCUUCACCGCGGAUGCCCUGCGCUGUGCGGCCAGACUCACUGUGAGAGAGGCCCCAGUGACCAUUGUGCAGGGGCCACAGGACCUAGAAGUGACCGAGGGCGACACAGCUACAUUCGAGUGCCAGCUUUCCCAGGCCUUGGCUGACAUCACCUGGGAGAAGGACGGGCGGCCUCUCACUCCCAGCCCUCGGCUCAGGCUCCAGGCCCUUGGCACACGCCGUCUUCUCCAGCUGCGGCGCUGCGGUCCCAUGGAUGCCGGAACCUACAGCUGCACCGUGGGGAUGGCCCGCGCCGGGCCCGUCCACCUGGUGGUGCGCGAGCGCAAGGUGUCUGUGCUCUCGGAACUCCGGUCGGUGCACGCUCGAGAAGGCGACGGAGCCACAUUCGAGUGCACCUUGUCGGAGGUCGAGACCACCGGGAACUGGGAGCUUGGAGGCCGCCCGCUGAGACCCGGAGGGCGCAUCCGCAUCCGACAAGAAGGAAAGAAACACUUUCUGGUGCUGAGCGAGCUGUGCGCGGAGGACGCUGGUGAGGUCCGCUUCCAGGCGGGACCCGCCCAGUCUGUGGCUCAGCUGGAGGUGGAGGCACUGCCUCUCCAGAUGUGCCGCCGCCCCCCUCGCGAGAAGUCGGUUCUGGUCGGCCGUCGGGCGGUGCUGGAGGUGACCGUGUCCCGCUCGGGGGGCCAAGUGUGCUGGUUGCGGGAGGGGGUCGAGCUGUGCCCGGGAGACAAGUAUGAGCUGCGCAGCCAUGGCGCCACCCACAGCCUGGUCAUCCAUGACGUGCGACCUGAGGACCAGGGCACCUACUGCUGCCAGGCCGGCGCAGACAGUGCCUACACACAGCUGCUGGUGGAGGGUAGCUAGGAGGACCGAACCCGGCCAGGCGGGUGCCCUUGGACAGCGUGGAAGGCGCAUGCCCUUACCCUGGGAAGGGGUGGGAGGGAGGGGAACCGGAAGUAUUGGGAGACAAUAAAAGUGGUACGG